AAGGGGAAGCCGGCUCUGGCUGGAGUUGAACCCGAUCGAGAAAGAGAGUUCAAAACCAAAUAAACGCCAUGGCUAAACUCACAAUCGUUGCUGUGAUUUUGGUUUUGGCCGCCGCAAUGAGCCUAACGGAGGCGCAAAACGUAGCGCAAUGCGUCUCAAAACUGAUUUCCUGUUCCGAUUACCUUAAAUUCAACACCACACCGGGAGCCGACUGUUGCAAUGCCAUCAAAGAUGCCGUGACGAACGACUUUACCUGUCUUUGUACCUGUAAGGACAGGUCCGAGGUAGCCCCGAUUAUUGUUGACUUAAGCAUCGGAGUGUCUACCCCGAGUUCCAUCUCGGGGCUUUGCAAGUCACUUCGAAUCCGAGCUGGCAAUUCAUCUCUGCCUCAUGGGCAGGGUCAACCACACAACAACCUUCCACCUCCGAUCCCACCUCAAACCCUACCUCAGCUUCCACCUCAGGUCCCAACCAUAUUCCCUCCUGCUGAUCAUGCAGAAGGAGGAGAUGAAAACCAACCUCAUGCCUCAGCUCACAAUUCUACUUCCACUGCCAACCAAGACGUGGUGACAACUCAGCUUGCUGCCAUGCAGCAGCAGUUUGGUGUUUUUCAGUUAGUACUAGCUCAGCUUCUAGCUAGAAAUAAUCCUGGUGAUGUCCUCAUUAAUUUAUUAAACCCUGCUCAACAACCCUCAGUUCCACAACAAAACCCUCAACCGGUUCAACCUAUCCCCGCUGUUAGUGAAUCCCAAGGUCAAUCCCACAUAGCACCUGCUCAGCAACCCAUCCCAGAUGAUGUCACCCGAUGCCUCGAUAGCUUGGAAAAGCUAGUAGCUGAACACCGAGGUGCUCCACCCCCACACCAUGCUGCUGAUUCUAUACCUCACCCUCUGAAUACUAACAUUACGCUGGAACCCUAUCCCAUUGGCUUCAAAAUACCACAACUGGAGACUUAUGAUGGGACGAAGGAUCCCGAUGAUCACCUGCAUGCUUUCUACUCUUGCAUAUUGAACCCGGAGGAGAGAGCAGAACUGAUAGCUUUUCUCCGAGCUAACAAUGAUGUAUUUGCGUGGACUUCGGCAGAUAUGCCAGGAAUUCCAACUUCAGUAUGUCAACAUAAGCUCAGUACUAACCCGUUGAAGAAACUAGUGGCCCAGAAGCGGCGUCUCUUUGGGGGGGAGAGGCUUCAGGCUGUUAAAGAAGAGGUAGAGAAACUCCUACAAGCUGGUUUUAUCCGGAAAGUUGAUUACUGUGAAUGGGUGGCUAACCCAGUUCUGGUGAAGAAGGCCAAUGGCAAAUGGCGAAUGUGUAUUGAUUACACAAAUCUUAACAACGCCUGCCCCAAGGAUUGCUAUCCAAUGCCGAGCAUUGACAAACUAGUUGAAGCGGCUUCAGGCAAUGAGAGGUUAAGCCUCUUGGAUGCAUACUCGGGGUAUCACCAGGUGCCAAUGGCUCCAGAAGAUGAAGAGAAAACCGCGUUCUAUGCUGGCGAUGAAAUUUAUUGUUAUGUCAUUAUGCCGUUUGGCUUGAAGAAUGCAGGUGCUACUUAUCAGAAAAUGGUGACCAUUGUCUUCCACGCUCAGAUUGGCAAAAAUCUGGAAGUAUAUGUCGAUGACAUUGUGGUAAAGAGCCUCAAAGCAGAAGACCAUCUCGCCGACCUCGACGAAACCUUUAACAACCUCAGAAAGAACAGGAUGCGGUUAAAUCCAGCCAAAUGCAUUUUCGGAGUGGAGUCUGGCAAAUUUCUAGGUUUCAUGGUGUCCCGAAGGGGGAUUGAGGUCAAUCCAGAGAAGAUCAGAGCAAUUGCCGAGAUGGAACCGCCGAAGUCAAUUAAAGAUAUACAGAGGUUGACUGGAAGGGUGGCAGCUCUGCAUCGAUUUAUCUCCAGAUCGGCGGAUAAGUGUUUACCAUUCUUCAAAAUUAUGAGCUCGCCGCCUCUGUUGACUAAGGCUGUAGAUGGCGAACUUCUUUACUUGUACCUGGGGAUUUCAGAUGAGGCUAUUAGUUCAGUUCUGGUGAGAGAAGAAGCUAGACAGCAGAAACCAAUUUAUUAUAUCAGCAGUGUGCUGCACGGAGCAGAGCUAAGGUAUCCUAUAGCUGAGAAAGCAGCACUAGCAGUUGUCACUUCGGCCAGGAAGUUGAGACCAUAUUUCCAGUCACACCCAAUCAUCGUCCUCACAGAUCAACCCCUCCGUCAGAUUCUGCAGAAACCAGAGUGCUCUGGAAGGUUAAUUAAGUGGGCAGUAGAACUGGGGGAGUUUGAGAUCACGUUUCAGCAGAGGUCGGCCAUCCGAGCUCAAGCAUUAGCAGAUUUUGUUGUUGAAUGCACCCCAUGUCCCUCAACCUCUACUCUAGAACCCAACGAAUGGACCUUAUAUGUUGACGGGGCAUCUAGUAGCAAAGGUUCAGGGGCUGGAGCUCUCUUGAUUGGUCCAGACGGUUAUUGAAGUGAACAUGCUUUGAAGUUCAACUUUGAUGUGACAAAUAAUAUGGCUGAGUAUGA